GGACAACUUUUUUACGCCCACCCGAAUGCAUCAAGGUCAGAUGGACUUUAUCCUACGCGGUCUCGUCGGUCGCAGUGCCCAACGCUUCGACCCCUUCUGUCACGGAGACCUUCGCAACCACUUGUAUCAACCCCGGGGCCAGUUCUCCGGCGCAGACCUGCCCGCCAUGAAUAUACAACGUGGUAGAGAUCACGGCCUACCCGGUUAUGUUCAUUAUCUCAAGUUUUGUUUCAACGAGGUGAUCACCAGGUUUGACCAACUGGACCAAUACAUGCCGUCGUCGCAACGGCAACGGUUCCAACAGAACUACCAACACGUGGAGGACAUCGACCUGUUCUCCGGCGGUAUCUCUGAGCUGCCGAUGAAUGGGGCGAUAGUUGGGCCGACGUUUGCCUGCAUAAUAGGCACUCAGUUUAAUCAUCUGAAAUACGGCGACCGCUUCUACUUUGAACACGAAGGACAGGACGGCUCAUUCACUUCUGGUCAAUUGCAGGCCAUCCGAAAGACACUGUUUUCGCGUAUCAUUUGUAUAAACGGCGAUAAUUUUAAGGAAAUUCAUUCAAAAGUGUUUCAAUUAAAUAGCGAUAGGACAUGUCUGACUAUUAGUCUUGUGUUGUUGUCGAUGUGCUGUUUGUCACAAUCGUGGGGACUAACCAAAGACAAAGGGCAGUCUAAACGGGCAUUUAUUCCCGACGACGGAUCAGACAAAGUGGAGGAUAAAAAUUACGACAACAAUAAGCCCAACAUUAACUAUACUUCAGCCCCAUAUGCGGGGCCAAUACCCGUCCACUACCCAAUACCGGCAGCACCGGUACACGUGAGGCCACCGGUGGCGCCAGCGUAUGGUCCCUAUGGUGUUAAUCCCGGGCUCCAGAACUACAUGCGUGUGAUGUACGGCGCCGUUAACUACAACUACAGGGCGCCUAACUAUCAACGAUACAACACUACUGCCCCUCAAUUCAAUUAUGGUAAGGCAUACAACCAGAGCUAUAACUAUUUGAAUGGCAGCCCUGGCGGAGGCGGCGGUGGUGGUGGUGGACAUCAAUACAACCGGACAAACAUAAGGUCGCCGUACCAGAACAUACCGGGCACUUACAGUCCCGGCUCCUAUGGUAAGCAACAGUACUUCUCGGGCAAACGAUACACCGCCCAAUCCAUAUACGGCUCAUACUUGUCCACCGGUGCCUAUCUGUACCACUCGGGCGCCUGCGCUCAACACUACAGCCGCGCUCCUGAGAUCAGCCAACAGGACAUGGAGUCCGCAUUCGACUACGCCUACCAUCAGCUCCGGGACUACGACCGCCAGUUCGGCAACUAUUCACUCUUCACGUCUCAAUCGCCACCACUAAAGCUGAAGGAAAAAGAGGCCGUUCUUAUGGAAUACGUUACCGAAUAUUUGGCUAAAUUCAAAUGUUUGAGUAAAUAUCAGACAACGACAUUCCUGCCGACAGUCAGCGUCGGUCAGCAGUACUUUCGGAACCGUUUGGGUGACACGAGUUGCUACUCGAGCUACGGCGGACAGGGCUGGACACUGCAGUGCCCGGACUUUAACAACAAGUACCGCACUAUAGACGUACAGUCAGCGUCGCAGUACUUUCGGAACCGUUUGGGUGACACGAGUUGCUACUCGAGCUACGGCGGACAGGGCUGGACACUGCAGUGCCCGGACUUUAACAACAAGUACCGCACAAUAGACGGCUCGUGCAAUAACCGGCGGCACCCGUAUUGGGGCAAGAGUUACGUGUGUCACCUGCGGCUACUGCCCCCGGACUACGCCGACGGUUUCCAAGCGCCCCGAUUGGCCAGCGAUGGCUCCCAACUGCCCGCCGCCCGAACCCUCAUCAACAUUAUGACCUCUGACAAGCCGUUUGAGUCGUUUUACACCCACAUGAAAAUGGCUUUCGGCCAGUUUGUCAACCACGACAUCACACACACACCCGUGUUCUUCAGUUACGCCCUGUCCGGCAGCUAUAGCGCGCCCACCGACUGUUGCCGUAAUCCAAAUAUACGCCAGUGUCUGCCCAUACGUAUUGAGCCCACGCCAUACGACUAUCACUACGCUCACCCUUACGCCCUGUCCGGCAGCUAUAGCGCGCCCACCGACUGUUGCCGUAAUCCAAAUAUACGCCAGUGUCUGCCCAUACGUAUUGAGCCCACGCCAUACGACUAUCACUACGCCAAGUAUAACAACACGUGCAUGAAUUUUAUCCGAUCGGCGCCCUGUCCUCUAUGCGAAAUCGGGCCGAGACAACAGUCCAAUAUCGCCACCUCCUUCCUGGACGCCGGCACUAUCUAUGGCAACACAGCCAACGACUCGGCGCCCAUCCGUACCUUCCGAUUCGGCCUGCUGAAGACAAGUCAGGACCGGUUCGGGCGGCCAAUACUGCCGACAACACCCGCGCCCUGGAAUAACGAGUGCAGCCCUCCGUCGGCGGGUAUGCAGUGUUUCUACGCGGGCGACCAGCGAUGCAAUCAACACCCGUCGCUCAUGUCUAUGCACCUCAUGUUUUUGCGCCGACACAACCUCAUAGCCACUUCAUUGCGCGCUGUGAACGGCCACUGGAACGACGAGACCCUAUACCAAGAGGCCCGACGACUGGUCAUCGCCGAGAUUCAACACAUCACGUAUAACGAGUACCUGAGGAUUGUUUUUGGUUCCCAACUCAUGGACUACUACAGCCUGAAUGUGCUGAACCGGGGCUACACGGCCUACGAGCCGGACACAGACCCGACCACUUGGAAUGAAUACGCGACCGCCGCCUGUCGUUUCGGUCACUCCCAGAUCAGGAGCUUUCACUCGGCGUUUGGCAACCAAUCGGCC